ACAUAAAAGCACACAAAAUAAACACCGAAGAACAGAGAGAAAAGAGGCAGAGGAUUUUGCUGUGCGUUUCAUCAUUCGGGAGUUCGCCGGAGUUUACUGUUAGUUCCCGGCGAGGUGGAUUUGAUUUUACUUCACGAAGUGAGGGGAAUCGUUGAUUCAUUUCUGUGAGAGAGUUUGAAAUUUCAUGAUUGAGACGCAUGAUCAUGGAGAAAAGCAGAGAAGCGAGGAGUUCGUCUAGUACAGUGGCUGCCAAUGGAUCCUCACGGCGACGUAGUAGAGCUACGGCCUUCAGAGAUUUACCUGAGGAAGGUCAGGUGGAGUUGCAGGAGACGGUGCGGUUAAGGGAUAAGGGAGGGAAGAGGGAUCGGGAUCGAGAGUUUGCGAGUCAGAGAAAGCGGAGUAGGAGAGGGGAAAAUAGAGAAGAAGAGGUGGACGAAGAAGGAGGAGAUACCAGUGCUGAAGAUAUUGUUGCUGAUGGAGAUAGUGAUGAGGUUGAAGACGGUGGAGGAGUUUCUCGGAUUCUUUCUUCUACUACGGCUUCUUCUGCUUCGAAUCAGAACAUGAGGAGAAACUCUCUUCCGCCGAGAGUUGUGAAGCAACAAUGGAAGGUUGCUGACGACGCGAUGAUUGGUGUUCCGGUUCCGAGAAAGGCACGCUCAGCUUCUGUCAAAAGAUCACAUAAUUGCACGGUUUCAGGAAAUAGUGGUGUUGGUGGAGCCGGAGAAGACAUUGCCGACGACCACAGCAAUCGGAAUCAGUCCGAUUCUCCGGCGAGGUCGUCUGCUGAGGUCGUUUCGCCAUCGACCUCCAUUAUUUCGGCUAAGAAGAAAAUGAAAUCAACUGGACCUAAGACUCGAUCGAUGAAAGCGUCCAAGAAUUCUUCUCCCUCUGCGAAGGAGGGGGAUAUUGAGAUUGAGAUCGCUGAGGUUCUGUUUGAACUGAAGAAACAAUCACAGUGCUCAAGAAAACAAGAAGUUCAUGUGAAACCAUCAUCGAACCAAGAAACAGAGAAUUCCAGUGUUCUUUGUGACGGUGCCAAGUCUUCAGUUACAUCUACAACGGCGAACUCUUCACAUACUGCCUUCCAGAACUCUAUUUCGCUUCAGAAGAAUGGUGCCACCUCUGAUUUGUUGCUUAAUGUUGCUGUGGAGAACAAAGUGGAGAGUUCCUCUUCUCUGGCUCAGAACGAUUCGUCAGAAGCUACAGCUGAAGGAGAAUCAGAGCAACCUGCAUCUGAUUUUACUAUGAAUAUUGUCUCUCAUGAACGUAAAACUGAGGAAAGUAAACCAGCGCAGGAGGUCUGCACUGAUGGAGAUGAAAAUAAGAAGAACAAAGGGAAUGAUCCUGAAAAUUCGCCACCAACUAAUUUGAUUCCAGAGGCUGAGACCCAGAAAGAACAGAAAUUCAAAAUUGAUUUGAUGGCUCCUCCGGCUCCAACAUCGCCAGAAAGGGAUGGGCUGGCUGAUAUGGUUGAAAAGGAAGUAGAAGGAUUUAAGGAAAAAGAAAAAGUGAUCUAUGAAGAUAAGAUGGUGACAAGUGAUAAAAAGAUUGAAUUCCUUAAACUGGAUAUGGAGAAAUCACAAUUAGAUAGCAAUAAUAGCAUCAUAAUUCAAGAACAGAGUCACAAUCAGCAACCUAAUGGAGCCGCCAGCACAGUUGAAAAAAAUGAAUCAUCCACUUCAGUGCGCUCGCCCAUUAUUCUGGGUGGCUGGCCAACGACCGAAAUUCCUCCUGUCGGGUUCAGCUCACAUUUCCGGACAGUUCUUCCUUUGGAUAGUGUUGACAAAUCAUCCUCCAAACUACAGCAUCCAAAUUUCAUCCUGUCACACCCUCGGCCGAAACGAUGCUCGACUCAUUAUGACAUUGCCCGAAACAUUUACUUACACCAGCAGUUUACAAAGACGAACUAUUUCCACCCAGCUGGGGAUGCUUCUGCAUCUCUUACAGAGGCCAAACUCAAAAGCAUGUCCUCAAAAGAAGGCAUGAUUAUGAGUAACCCAUUGGGUGCAAAUCAUUUGGAUAUGAGCCUAAAUUCUGUGCAACAGAGAGAGCAAAGUGAAGGUUACUUUUCUGGGAAUGUGACUAAUGAUAAAAGCUCCGAGGCUGCAAAUUUUGCUGAUAUGGCUAAAAGCAAGCAGCUUGUAUUUCAGCAGAGACAGGGAGCAUCUUUUGGUAACUCAAUGGUGCCUGGCUCUGGAUUCAUAUUCCCUAUUGGUCAGUAUCAAGCACCGACAGCUGCCACUGGAAAUCAAUCUGGGUCCACCAAAUCUAGUAAACAAUUGACAUCACUGUUCAGCAAUAAUCCAGAAGGUGGAACACUCGUGAGCUUUCCAGCAUUACCUGCAGUAUCUAGUAACAUGAACUAUAAUCAUCCAAAUGUGGUUUCGAUUGAAGCUCCGUACUUGGCAAAGCUUCAGAACAAUGACUAUCCAUUCACCUUUCCUACUGCUGCAGGAACUACUGCAACAUACAGAGCAAACAAUGGCCAACCCUUGCCUCUUUUCAAUUGUUCUUUCUAUCCAUCUCAGCUGUUCCAUCCAUCCCAGAUUCAGCCAGCACAAACUCAAUCUCAUCACCAACCAAGUGGCUCCCAUAAACAACCACAAACUCAGCAGCACCAAUGGAGUGUGCAUGUACCUGGGAACAAUUUAGUGCCAUCAAAUGGUAUGCAAGUAAAGCAGUCGACAGAACAGCAUUUGUCACUCUCUAACCAAUCUUGCAAGCAUGAGAGUGAGGCCAGUGGAGAAGAUGCGACAUCGUUUUCUGACAAGCGGGCAGCUCCGGUACAGAAAAGUGCUCAUGAACAAAACUUCAUUUUGCCUGUUCAGGCACUGGGAUUCACUUUGAUGCCAUCAGCGACAUUGAAUAUUGGCAAUGGUGGAAACAGUGGGGACAAGAAACAGUCUCAUCCACAGAAUUUGAAGAACACGGUUGCCUUGGUUCCUUCCCAGGGACUCACGAUGUCCUUUGGUUCAUAUAAUGGAAAUGGUACCCAUUCGAACCUCAACUUCACGCCGAUAGCGCACAAUACAACGGUUUUUCACAAUCUUCCUGAUGUACAGAGGGCUGCACCACAAGCUACAAAGCACAAGAAUCACCAAAGUUCUGAUGGAAGGAAUGGAUUCGUUCUUUCGGGUAAUAUCGAUAGGAACACUGGUAAUUCUUCUGCAAAGCCUUCUGCUACUUCAGGGCAGACUCUGGUUUUUGGUAAUUCUGCAAGGACCCUUAACUUCAUGACAUCUUCUGCCUCUGUAAACUGGCCAUCCCCUUCUGCUGCUUUAACAACAAAUCGACCUGCUGGUAUCCAACAUCAACAAGCAACCAUGUCGUCUCGUAUGGCACCUCGUACUAAAGUACCAACUGAUAGUAGCUUGCCCUCAUCAGCUACAACCAAGUUUUCUUGUAAUCCCCCUCCUGGCUUCUCAAAACCAUUGAUACAAUGCGACAAAUCAAUCCAGUCGAACUCGGGAAGAAUGGUGACCUCUGUUGUCCCUACAACAUCCCUCCAUCUUUCUUCCUCUACUGCAGUCCAUAAGAACUCCAGUCAGCCAAAGGGAAGUACUCUUCAAGGCCAGACCCAGAUAUCGUUUCGGGGAGAUUUCAAGCCAGCCUUUACUCAGAUGCAACACAUUCCUAGUAGCAGUCACUCUUCAUCUACCAGUGGAAAAUUAAGAAACACAAGCAGUAAAACCAGUCCAUCAGUUGCUCCCGCGCAACCAAAGCAGGACGAAAGCUCAUCGACCGGAGCUGGUCAGAAAUCAUCUCCUGUCUGUGGUAGAAACGUGCCUUCAAUCUUGAACACAUGCCCCAGUCAUCUCUCAGAACUCAAAUACUAGACCCUUUUUGUUCCAGCAGUUUUGAAGGAUGAUCCCAACUCUACAAGUGGUGAGCGCUCAAUACCAGUGGAAAUUGAACCUCGUAUGUGGUUAGUUUCUAAGGAGCUUCCAACCAUGAUGGUUUCUAGACUUGCCAAAAGACACGACACACAUUCUCGGGGAUCGAGGGCUCAAAAAGUUUGCAACCACCAGGACAUAUUGAUGCGGGAUUCGCCAAAAGCAUGUCGAGGAGCAUAACGAUAAAUGGGCAUGGAUUUUUGAUGAAGAAAAUCAUGAAACUUGGAAGUUUAGGUGUAGUGACUAGAAGUUGGUUAGUUAGGUGAUGUAUAUUGUAAGUCAUUGCACAUUAUUAGGGCCAUUUUUUGGGUUAAAUAUAUAUUGUCUAGUGAUAGAGGUUAGAGUUGUGAAUAUGAUAUUAUUAUAGUUGAGAAAUAUAUUCCUUUGACUCAGAA